AUGGAUUUCGCUGCCAAAUGUCAGUUGAUCAGCCUUGUCGAAGAAGAGGAAUGUAUUUGGAAUACGAGUAUUGAGGAUUAUGCACGACUGGACAAAAAGAACGCCAGUUGGAAUAGGAUCCACAGGGAAAUGGCACAAAACGGCUACAGUGGUGGAUUGUUGGAACUUAAAACACAAUGGAAAAAUCUCAGGGAUCAGUGGCGAAAAAAUUCAAUUAGCAAAGGCGGUGUGAAUUGUAGGCCAUGGACAUUUGAAAAACAUCUGCUUUUCCUGGCCACAGCACAGAAUGAAGCAGACAGGAAAGAAUCCGCAGUGAAAAGAUGGCUCAGCUCAGUGUUCGGCGAUCCAAAAGAAGCGGAUGCGAAAAAUCCAAAACGAAUGGAUGUCGUUAUGAAGAGAGAACUUAUCAAGCAGGUCAGGGAGGAGGAAAUGUUGUGGAAUACGGAAUGUAGAGACUACUAUAGACCGGACAAGAAAAACCUGGCAUGGUCUCGGAUUUUGACGAAAUUGCAACGGAAGGGUUUUCGUGGUGGAAUGUUGGAGUUAAAGGCUUCUUGGAAAACCCUGCGUGACUCGAAAAGGAGAAAUUCCAUCCAACCAAACCUCUCGGGGAAGCCAUGGAUGUACGAGAAAGAUAUGGAAUUUAUGGAUGGACCAGGAAAAACUUGCGAAUCAGUACAAUUUUCACCGAACGAAACCGAGUCCAAAAAUGGAAUAGUGGAUAGUCCUCGAAGCUCAGUGACUCCAGAAAAUGAAGGAACCGCUGAAGAAGGAGCAAGUGCUGCAGCGUCGGAUGAAGCGAACGAUGAUUACUUCGUUCCUACUGAAAUCGGACAGGAAAACGCAGCGGAUUGCUCAGAGCCAUCACGAAAAAGGAGCUAUGGAGGAGCGGUUGUAUCGACAAAGAAGAAGAAAAAUGAUUCACUGCAAGAAGGUCUCGACAUGAUUCGCGAAAUCACGUCUUCGUUACGGGAACGGUUAGCAGCCGCAAGCAUGGACAAGUACGAUAGAUACGGAGCCUUUAUCGCGUCUUCUCUGAGAGAAAUGUCGGAACCAGCAGCCAAACGAAAGAUGGCGGAACUUAUGGAUAUCCUACUCAACAACCGUUGA